AUGGCGUCUACUACUCGUCCCAAACCUGCGCGCACAAGUUCCAACCACCAUAGGAAUACGCUAUCCAUGCAGAGAACCGAAAUCACAAUCAACGUUUACGAUCUGCUGCCUCCCGGCAAGAUAUCAAGUAUCCUCUGGGCAAUCGGAAGUUCUCUCUUGCACUCUGGUGUGGUCAUCGGCGACAAGGAAUACGCAUACGGAGGACACGACCGGAGAGACCUAACUGGAGUGUAUUGGACCAAGCCCGGACUGGAGCCUCCGGGUGGCACUUUCAAGCAGGCGAUUCUACACGGCUUCUCAUUCCGCCCCGCCGAAGAACUGGAUGCUAUCAUACAAGAGGCCUCACAUGAAUUCCAAGGAACAUCAUACAACCUCCUCACAAAAAACUGCAAUCACUUCACAUCAUAUCUCUGCGAAAAACUUACCGGUCGCCCAGCCCCGGGCUAUUUGAAUCGUGCGGCUAGCAUCGGCGUCGCUCUUCCAUGCGUUGUACCACGGGAAUGGAUAGCGCCACCGGAUUAUGAUACUGCGGAUGGAGAGUUACUUGACGAAGAAUUCGAAGACGAAGGGUCGUCGAUGCUGCGACAUGACCGAGAACGAGAACGCGCUCGGACAGCUCAGGAGACAAGGGGCUGGGAGAACACGAGCAAUUCUGCUGGAAGUAGUCGGAGUGGUCAGGGAGGCGCAAGAGGGCAUAUCAGGAAUGAGACCAGAAAUCUUGCGCCCAGACUUGUCAGCAUCGCGGAGACAGAUUCUAGUGGGAGGACUAUGCCGCCCGCUGAAAGGGCGCCACUCCCGAGGAAUUUAACAUGACUUUCAAGCUGGUCUAAUUCGUCGUCCUUGCACAUGCACUGCUCUUUCGUGAUGCUUGCACUUUAGCGCUGAAGGCCUCUAUUCAUGGACGCUUUCCAGGUCUAACAUACCAUCGUACAGUUUCCGUCUUUCUCUUUAAGUUGCCUGAUCACACCAUCUACAGUCUCUAACCCAAUCUCCUCGGCUUCUUGCUUCUCACGCCGCCAAACUUCAACCUCGUCGAGUCUGCCAGUUUGACAAUCAACGGCCGUAUCUUCUUUCCCUCGGCGCCCAAUAUCGCCUUUGUGACGGCCUCUCUUCCUGGGCCAAAUCCUCUGUAUACCAACUCUAAUUUCUUGAUUUGUGGUAACAAGCCCUUGUCCUGG